AUGUUGUUCGUUCAAGGCCUCGUGGUCGUUUCCCUCGCUGCUUGUAGCUUUGCCCGAUCGCUCCCGCAGAGGCUCGAUUCGCGACAGGAUGGACCGCCGACAACGAUUUGUGGUGAUAUCAUCGACGCUGUAAAUUCAGGCUCCCAGAUCUUCUGGGCAUCCGAUGCAUACAAAUGCCUAACCAGCGUUCCAUUCAACCCCGCUGUUGCGACGCGGUUCAUCAAGUACUGGAACGAGACCAUCCAGUUUCAGAGCACGCUUGCAUACCUCAAGAACCCUCCCGAAGGGUACCAGCAGCCUGCAGUGGAUGUUAUCGCAGAACUUGAAAGAAUUCAGCAACGAGUCGACGCGAGCUCCUAUUCAAACCAAUAUGACUUCGAAGCGGAUUUCCAACUCUUGGUCUACGCGUUGCAUGACGGACAUGUCUCGCUCACUGCGGGCAUCCUUUCGGCCUUCUCCUUCGCAAGCCCGUACGAGAUCGCGUCCGUAUCUAUUGAUGGGAAACAGGAGCCGAAGAUAUACAUUACAACUGAUGUUAUAGACAGCCCUAUUCAGGGUUGGACGCCUUCUCCAAUUACAUCAAUUAACGGUACUGAGGUCAAUGCGUUCUUGACGCAUUACGCCGCUCUCAACUCUUGGGGUUAUGUAGAACCACAUGCUGAAUGGAAUGCAUUGAUGUCGCAUCCCACUUUGGACAUCCAAGGUGGUCUGACAACCUUUUCGGGAAGCGGAAACUUCUACCCUGGCGAGAAUCUUACGUUCACAUUUGAGAACGGGACUAAGGUUGACACUAUCUGGGUGGCAAUAUACAAUGAGCUUGCUAACUAUACCGGCCCCUUAACCACGGGAGGUGACUUCUACAAUUACUUCGUUCUCGGGCUGCUACCAGAAUCAUUCGACCCAGCGGCAAUCGUCAACUCGCCUUUCUCGGAUGAUCCUGUGGAAGCACCAAAGAGCUGGUCCAACGACAGCUAUGGUGCCUUCCCCAACAACCCUUCAGUCGCACAAUCUGAUCUAGGCAUUUUCCAUGGUGGGUUCGUCACUGGAUACUUCUACGACGAUAUUUCAACCGGUGUUCUCAGUCUCCCAACCUUUGAUAUCUUGGCCGAUACAACUGGUAAUUACUCCCAAGCAAUAAGCGAGUUCGUCGGCAAUGCCUCAGAUAAGGGUCUAAAAAGAAUUGUCAUCGAUCUUCAACGUAACUCUGGUGGAUCUAUAUUGCUCGCCUAUACUACAUUCAAGAGCUUCUUCCCCGACCUUACACCCUUUGGUGGAAGCCGGAGGCGCAGCUUUCCAUUGGCAAAUGUCAUCGGAGAGUCGACAUCGGAGUAUUGGACAUCAUUAGAUGAUAAUGACGCCGAUAUCCGGGCGUUCAAAGAAUCAUUAGCGGGUGAUGAGUGGGUUAUCAAUACACGGCUAAACGCUGCCACGGGCAGGAAUUUCUCAAAUUGGUCUGAGUAUCAAGGGCCGGUAACCGAUAACGGCGACUCCUUCUCACUGACUGAAAGAUACGAUCUUGCCAAUCAGGUCUUUGAUGAGGCUGCCUUCGAUGAAUGGAUCCCAAUGCAGUAUCUUGCCAACGCCACAGAACGGUCAGACAUGCAGCGCAACUGGAAUCCCGAACAGAUUGUCCUCCUCACUGAUGGUCUUUGUGCAUCCGCCUGUGCACUAUUUGUAGAGUUCAUGACCCGCGCUGGCGUUCGUACCGUCGUUGCUGGAGGCCGCCCUUCUGAUGGACCGAUGCAAGCAGUAAGCGGAAAUCGUGGCGCGACAUCCUAUGCCGCCACCAGUCUCGACGUCGACAUGCGAUAUGCACGAAGCAUUGAUACCUACGUCGAGGAGAACGCCAAUGCCACUAUCCCUGAGGUGAGGGAACCAGGCAUGUAUUUCAGAUAUGCCAGCUUCAACCUUCGAGACCAAAUCCGAAAGGAUGAAAAGACUCCCCUGCAGUUCAAGUAUGAAGCCGCCGACUGCCGAAUCUACUACACACUCGCAAACUUGUACAACAUGACACAAACAUGGUACGAUGUGGCUGCUGCUGCAUUCGUCGACUCGUCUCUCUGCGUAAAAGGCUCCACGGGAUUUUCAACAACCAACAACACCAGUCCCACGGCACCCCCACCGCGCGAGGCACAACGACCAAUACUCGGUCUCAAUGUGAAUAACAAAGCAGUCAAACAGUUGGAGUGGGAUGAUAGCCCUGAGGAAGGGCUAAGUAGUGGUAUCAGGACCCGAGUUCUGGGCGGUAGCGAAAUUCUUCCAUGCCCCCAAACCGGACCCUGCCAGGACCUCUCAACGCACUGCAGGGAUAUCAGCGUGCACUGCUCCGGAGAAGGAAAGAGGAAUUUCAGGGCAUGUCUGCCGCAAUGCGUAACCUGGGAACCAGCAUCUUGCCCUGGAACAUGUCAACUUUUGCAAACCCAGGACGCUAAGGUCGGCCUCAAGGGUGAUGUUGUGUAUCGUGAGCAGUUGCACUCAGGACUCUGCUUCCCCAAGGUUGGCACAAAAAAGCUGGGUUGCAAACGGGAUCCGUCCCCCCAGUAAUGUCUUUUUGCACUCUUUUUUUUGGCUGUAUUAUGACAGUAUAGACUUCUCUUCCUUUCAAAGCAGUGGCUGCGUGAAUAGACUAUGAAUAUAAUUAUCACCGGGAAAGGAGUGAUAUUCCCAGUUUUCCGUGGUCG